GAAACAUGAUACUCAGCAGCAGCAGCCACAGUGCGGUGCGGCCCCUUUAAGAGCGUUUUGGAAUAAUUAAUGACGUCGCGCUGUAAACACGACUGACGCUCAGCUGCGUGGCCGAAGCAUCCUCAAAGAGCCAGAGAAGACCUCUCCAGGUUCCUGUGUUUAUCUCUCGACGGGACCACUGAAAGGCAUUAAAAUAACUACGGUUCACCUCCUCGACUCUCAUAUGCGGUCUCCAACUCUGAGACGACGCUGCUGCAUCUUUCCUUCGAAGUGCCAUGGCUAGAAAGACGGACAUCCCCUCCUCUUACUAUGGUGAACCACGCAAGUUUGACCCAAACUUCAGAGGCCCUGUUCACAGCAGGAGCUGCACCGAUGUGGUUUGCUGUGUUAUCUUCAUCAUUGUCAUCCUUGGCUACAUCGCUCUGGGUACCGUGGCCUGGAUCCACGGCGACCCCAGGAAGGUUGUCUACCCAACCGACAGCCACGGGCAAUUCUGUGGUCAACAGAACACUCCCAAUGCAAACAAAGCCAUAUUAUUCUACUUCAACAUGUUGAAAUGUGCCAAUCCUGCAGUUUUAAUUAACCUCCAGUGCCCUACAACCCAGCUCUGUGUCUCCAAGUGCCCUGACAGAUUUGCCACUCUGCUGGAUGCGUGGAAUACCAAAAACUGGGAAUAUUACAAGAAAUUCUGCAAGCCGGGCUUCGAGAUUGGCACCAAGUCAGUUGCAGAAGUCAUCCGAGAUGAAGACUGCCCAUCUAUGAUCGUGCCAAGCAGACCUUUCCUUCAGCGGUGCUUCCCUGAUUUCAUUACAAGAAAUGGAAUCUUAACCAUUGCCAAUCAGACCAUCUUCACAGACGGUGACAACAACAAGAGAAGUGUCCGCGACCUCAAAGAUGCUGCCAAAAGUGUCACCAGUCUGCUGAAUGCCAAAGAAGUUGGCAUGAAGAUCUUUGAGGAUUAUGCAAACUCCUGGGACUGGAUCCUCAUUGGCCUGGUGAUAACCAUGGUGGUCAGUCUGGUCUUCAUCCUGCUGCUGCGCUUCACUGCUGGAGUGCUCUUGUGGCUCAUUAUUUUUGGUGUCAUUGCAGCGGUAGCAUUUGGUAUUUGGCACUGCUACUGGGAGUACAUAACCCUGAGUGGGAAGCCAGGUGCUAACGUCACCAUCUCUGACAUCGGCUUCCACACAGACUUCAGCAUCUACCUUCAGCUCAGCCAAACGUGGCUCAUCUUCAUGAUCUCACUCUCUGUGAUUUUGGCCGUCAUUGUUGUCAUGCUGAUAUUCCUGAGGACGAGGCUGCGCAUCGCUAUCGCACUACUGAAGGAGGGGAGCAGGGCCAUCAGCUACAUCAUGUCCACUCUCUUCUACCCCAUCAUAACCUUCUUCCUCCUGGCCAUCUGCAUCGCAUACUGGGCCGUCAUAGCAGUCUUCUUAGCAUCCUCUGGUAAUGCAGUCUACAAGGUCACACCUGUUGAUGACAAAUGCAUGUAUGCCAACAUCACAUGCAGUCCAAAGACUUUCAGUCAGACCAACAUUACCAAAGUGUGUCCGGGCUCACAAUGCAUGUUUGCCUUCUACGGCGGGGAGAGUGUGUACCACCGCUACAUCUUAGUCCUCCAUCUGUGUAAUCUGUUCGCGUUCCUCUGGCUGGUCAACUUCACAAUCGCGCUGGGUCAGUGCACCUUAGCCGGGGCCUUCGCUUCCUACUACUGGGCCCUGAAGAAGCCAAACGACAUCCCUGCCUGCCCACUCUAUUCUGCUUUUAGCAGAGCGAUACGUUACCACACAGGUUCUCUCGCCUUUGGUUCUCUGAUCCUUGCCGUGGUGCAGCUGAUCCGAAUUGUCCUCGAGUACUUGGAUCACAAGCUGAAAGGUUCUCAGAACGGAUGCGCUCGAUUCCUGCUUUGUUGCCUGAAAUGCUGCUUCUGGUGCCUGGAACAUUUCAUCAGGUUUAUAAACAGAAAUGCGUACAUCAUGAUAGCAAUAUAUGGAAAGAACUUCUGCACCUCUUCCAAGGACGCUUUCUUCCUCCUGAUGAGGAAUGUGAUUCGGGUGGCUGUCCUGGACAAGGUGACAGACUUUCUGCUCUUCUUGGGAAAACUGCUUAUUUCAGGAAGUGUUGGUGUUCUUGCAUUUUUCUUCUUCACCCGGAAAAUACCCGUCAUUCAAGAGGAGGUACCGUCUCUCAACUACUACUGGGUCCCACUUCUGACGGUGAUAUUCGGAUCCUACAUGAUCGCACAUGGCUUCUUUAACGUCUAUGCCAUGUGUGUGGACACACUGUUCCUGUGCUUUUUGAUGGACCUGGAGGUGAACGACGGCUCGUCUCAGAAGCCCUUCUACAUGAACAGAAGCCUGCGGAACAUCCUUGACAAGCAUAACGUCAAGAGACCAAGAAAGAAAUAGAGAUGCGAGAAAGCUGUGAGAGGGAGGAGACUGAAGAACUUGAACCAAAGCGUGGUACAGACCUUUGUGCCAAAUAUAUUUGAAGUGGUCACAAGUUGUAAAUGUGCACUAUAAUAGAAAAAGUGAAGAUAAUCAACAAUAAUAAUUUGAUUUAAAAACAUCUUAACUAAUGAUUUUGAUGGUUAUCUGGAAUUUAAGGCUACCAAGGGGUUGCAUAUGAAGGUGUGCAAAGUCACACCACCUUUUUUAAAGUUACAGUUAUAUAUAACUGAGUUAUGUUUUAAACAUAUAUGUAUAUUUUACAGCCACAGUCAAACUAAAUACUCUGUUCUUUUUGGAACAAUAGAUUUCUUUCUUUCUUGAUGUGGUGAACACGAGCUGUUUUUGUAUUUGUGUUGCAGUUGCCAGUUUUCACCACUUGAUGGUGCCAUUCAUUUCAACAAAUCCUCUGUGUACUAUUGCUGGGUUGUGAAUGCACUGCUGAUUUAGUGAAGUUUGUCCCUGAAACGGACAAAUGUGAGCUUAUCUCCGGAUUGUUUUUCUGCAGUUUUUGACCCAAAUUAUCUCACAUUGAGAAACAUACUUAAAGCAUUGUGUGCAGUGUUUUCAUACUUAGUGGUCAACGACAUAAUGGGAAAGCUAAUCCGAGUGCUAGAGCACUAUUAUUGGAAUUGCCCUAUUGUGUGACUAAUUGCAGCUCGCAGCCACCAGGUUAACUUUUAGGGUGCUUUUCUUUAGAUUGUACUCACCGGUGAUCAUUAAAUAGUCAGCAGUGUGUAAUGAAGCAUGCUUUCUUUUUCAGGCAAUGCAAUGUAACCAAUGACAGAACAAUGUGUAUGUGAUUGGCAGCUGUUUGAGUGUUUCUCAUGAAAAAAACGUGUUUAACAUUGUUAGUGUUGAACAAGAGAGUGUCCUCUGUUUAACAUUGUUUGCAGGAGUUAUGAAGCUAGUUUGUUAACUCGUCACUUUGGACCCUGAAUGGGGCCGGCCUCCCUUUGUGUUUAUGAGGGAUGAAGGUAUUAGUAAAGCACAAUCUUUUUAUUAAAGAGGUUUAUUUUAUUAUUCUAUCUUAAGAUAUAUUACUCUUCCAUUGGAGUACUACUCUUGCAUCAAACAAAGAAUCCAUACUGAUCGCAGGUCAGUGAUUGUUGAUGAUGAGUGAUCCAGUGAAAUGUGAGAUGCAGUUUCAGAUCCAGCCAUUUUAAAUGAUUCAGUUUGGAUGUCAUUGUGUUGUCGGUUAGGUAGCUGUGACAUACUGUCUUCUUUUAUUUCACCAAAUUCAAAAUAGUGCUGAUGUUUUCCUUUUCUAAAAUAGCUUCAUGCAUCACCAGGAAUGAUGCUCACUUUUAGAUGGGAGAGACGUGACUCAUACUUGCGAGUCUCUGUGUUGUGUUUGUGGAGCCUGAGAAGCUGCCCUCAUGGUGCCUCGGAGUGACAGCACUGCCAGACUCGCACACCUCGUACCCCGUUUGAGCUCAACAUGCCCAGACGUGUAACUAUUCAAUAGAAGCAAAACAAUUCUGCGUGUGUGUGUGUGUGUGUGUGUGUGUGUGUGUGUGUGUGUGUGUGUGUGUGUGUGUGUGUGUGUGUGUGUGUGUGUGUGUGUGUGUGUGUGUGUGUGUAUGUGUGGAUAGGGAAUGGUGCAUGUAGUGCUCAAUGUGGCAUAUUGUCAUUGAUAUUUUGAGAAUAAAUAACCUUAAAGUGUUUUUUGUGUUUUCUAUCUUUGUUUGUAUGAAGUUCAGGUUUAGCGUUCCUGUGGGUGAAUACCUAAGAUCUGAUAAGCAGAGUAAAAACUGUGGUUUUUAUACGCCUCCCUCACCCCCCCAUGUGUAGAUUCUUUUGGUCAACCACAGUCAACAAGUAGACACAAGUAAAACUUCUCUAUGUGCGUCAGAUUUCUUCCCACAAACUCUUAAAAGUCAAACUGUGAAGAGUUAGUGCUCUAACCCGUCCAUGAAUCCCAAACUGUUUUUUAUUGUGUCUCAUUUGUGCUGAGCUGACAGUUUGUAUCUCUGUGAUAUACUUUUAUUUAUACAGUACGUGUUGUGAUUUUAACAAUACAUUACCUGUGUGUUCAUCAUUUAAA